AUGGCCAAUACCACAAUGCUGAACGCCACAGAAAUCGCAGGCUCUGUGGGGUUGAUCCUAGCGAUUCUCGUAGAGGUGGGGACCCUGCUGGGCAACGGGGCACUUCUGAUCGUGGUGCUGCGCACACCGGGGCUCCAAGACGCGCUCUACCUGGUGCACCUGUGCGUGGUGGAUCUGCUGGCGGCCGCCUCCAUCAUGCCCCUGGGUCUGCUGGCCGCGCCCCCGCCGGGACUGGGCCGCGUGCGCCUCGGCCCCGCACCGUGCCGGGCGGUGCGCUUCCUGUCGGCUGCGCUGCUCCCGGCCUGCACGCUCGGGGGUCUGCAGAUAAGCCAGACCUCAGGGGGUCAGUUACAGUGA